AGGUAUAUUAAUUGGAUUCUGAUGAUGAUGAUGAGAAUUAGAAAUUAUUAGAAAGAGAUCGAUCGAGAGAGUCAGGAGCUUGCGGGUGCGCGGGUGCAUGCACCUUAAUUAAUGCUAAUAGCUGCAGCAGGCAGUUUGUGUAACUAGCUAGCUGAUAUGGCUGCCGGAGGUUCAUCUGGAGGUGGUGGAGUUCCCCCAGGAUUCAGGUUUCACCCGACGGACGAGGAGCUUCUGCACUUCUACUUGAAGAAGAAAGUUUCAUUUCAGAAGUUUGACAUGGAGGUCAUAAGGGAAGUGGAUUUGAAUAAGAUAGAACCCUGGGAGCUACAAGAGAGGUGUAAGAUCGGGUCAACCCCACAAAACGAAUGGUACUUUUUCAGCCACAAAGACAGAAAAUAUCCAACAGGUUCGCGGACAAACAGGGCCACAAGUGCGGGAUUCUGGAAAGCUACAGGCAGGGACAAAUGCAUAAGGAACAGCUUCAAGAAGAUUGGAAUGAGGAAAACCCUUGUUUUCUACCGUGGUAGAGCUCCUCACGGCCAAAAGACUGAUUGGAUUAUGCAUGAAUACAGGCUUGAAGAUUCUGAUAAUGAUCCUCAGCCCACUGAGGAUGGAUGGGUUGUUUGUCGAGUAUUCAAGAAGAAGAAUCUAUUCAAAGUUGGGAAUAAUGAAGGUGGAAGCCACAUUAAUGGUGGGAUGAGCACGAUGAACAGUUGCGAUCAGCUCAACAUGAGCAGUGUCAGUGCAUCAACCAGCUGCACCCAAUCUCGAUCCCUCGUCACACAAAGAAACAACAAUGCUAGUAUUAAUCAGUAUUUGCUGCAUCCACACCACGCUGAUCUUAACUAUUCCCACAUCCCAGUGCCCCCUCAUCAUCAAUAUCCACAACUUGAAGCCCAGAAUUUCAUUUCCACCCACAACCACAUUAAGCCAUUAAUGUUGACGUCUACCACCAGUAAUUACGAUCAUCAUCUCAAUUUAUCAGCUCUUCCUUCUACAACGUCUACAGAUUAUGACCAUCACCAGUCCUCUGCUGUGAUCACGAGUAUGCAGGUAAAACAGUUCAUGUCGUCCAACGCCAACACCAGCACCAGAGAUGAUUGUGAGAGCGCAAGUCCAGCACCUGCUUACCAAGCUUCUUGCGAGCCCGGAUUAGAGUGCAAUCAAUCGUCUCAACCCAUGGUACCCAGGGAUGAUCAGAAUUUGAACGACUGGGAUCGCCUUGUAAUUACUACUUCUCACCAUCAGGACGCAAAUCCCACCUCCUCCCUCAACCAAAUCAAUCCAUUAUCUCUCCGAAGUGAGAUGGACUUCUGGGCUUAUGGCAAGUAGUGCUUUCUUCAUUUACACGCUCUCCAAAUUUCCGUUGAUGGCAAGGAACCAAAACUAAAAAGUCGUUUACAUGGUCGUUUAACAUUAUGUGCUCUAUUUUUUCUUUUUCUUUUUUUGUAUUUAAUUCGAUUGGAUCAUAUGGUUAUUUGAUAAUGCUGUGAUAAAGGUCCUAAGUUGUUACAUUCUUUAACUAGUGUACUUUGCAUUCCAACCUCCUGCAAUAUAAACACUAUAUUAUUUGAAAAUUUCAGGAAUCCUAUAAAAUCGUUCCACUAUAUAAUAAAUUAUCUCUUACCUUUCGAAGAAAGUAACGAAUUAA